GCGCCUCCCCCGCUCUUCCUCUUUCGUCUUCCCCACCCGCGGCGCACCGCUCCCCACCCCCGCGCAAAACCCUAACCCUAGCUUGCGAUAAGGCAUGGCUAGCAAGUUCGGGCUCGCCGGUGGCAUCCCGGAGCGCCGGGUGCGGCCGAUCUGGGACGCCGUCGACUCGCGCCAGUACAAGGCCGCGCUCAAGCUCUGCACCGGGCUCCUCGCCAAGCACCCCACAUCCCCCUACGCGCUCGCCCUGAAGGCUCUUAUUUUGGAAAGGAUGGGAAAACCUGAUGAAGCAUUGAGUGUGUCCCUGAAUGCCAAGGAGCUGUUGUAUUCUGACAACAUUUUUCAUUUUGACGAUCUCACGCUUAGUACUCUACAGAUAGUAUUUCAAAGACUUGACCGAUUGGAUCUUGCUACUUCGUGCUAUGAGUAUGCCUGUACAAAGUACCCAAGUAACUUGGAAUUAAUGAUGGGCCUUUUUAAUUGCUAUGUUAGAGAGUACUCAUAUGUGAAGCAACAGCAGACAGCUCUCAAAAUGUACAAAACCGUGGGAGAAGAGAGGUUUUUGCUUUGGGCAGUUUGCAGCAUUCAGCUGCAGGUACAUUUUACCAGUGGAGGUGUGAAAUUAUUGGCACUAGCUGAAGCAUUGCUUAAGAAGCACAUAAAUUCUCAUAGUUUACAUGAACCGGAAGCACUUGCUUUCUAUAUUUCAAUUUUGGAACAACAAGAAAAGUAUGAUGCUGCUUUGGAAGUUCUUUCUGGAGAUUUGGGGUCUCUUCUGGGAAGGGAGGAGGACAAGCUUCGUUUGCAGGGGCGUCUUCUUGCUCAAGCAAGUAGCUAUGCUGCCGCAUCAGAGAUAUAUCAGAAGGUCCUCGAGUCUUGUCCUGAUGACUGGGAGUCCUUUCUCCAUUAUAUAGGAUGUUUGCUGGAGCAUGAUGUGAAUUUGCCUAAACCAUGCACUGGUGAACACACUUGUCCUUCUUGCUCUGUUGAUUUGGCAUUGCCCAACAAGACUUGUCUUAGCCAGGAGCUGGUUGAAUCUCGGCUUACUAGUGCGUUGUCAUUUGUGCAAAGGCUACAAGAAAAUAACUUGAGUGAUUGUGUUAGAGGACCUCAUUUAGCUAAUAUUGAAAUUGAACGGCAAAGGUGCCUCAAUGGAAACCCAAAUAAUAUCAAACUUAUGGAAGCUUUGGUGAAGUACUUCCACAGAUUUGGCCAUUUGUCUUGCUCAGCAUCUGAUGUUGAAAUUUACCUUCAUAUGCUAUCUGGCAAUGACAUGUCUGAGCUGCUAGAUGAAAUUUCUGGAUCGUUUGAUGCAUCAUCAGUUUCAGUAAACACACUAGGUUGGACAAUUACUCUUUUCAAGAUUCAGGAAAUUUUGGGAACUUUAUUCACAAAACCAACUACAGAACUUCAGGGCAUUGCAAAGAGAAUGGUUGAUACAUUUUAUAAAAACUUGUCUCUCUCAAAUGAGUUGGAUCUCCAGGAAAGCAUGUAUGGCGAAGAACUUCUGUCUAUGGCUAGCAGUAUUCUUGUUCAGAUUUUUCCGGAAUCUGUUUGUUUGUGGUGGUUUUGCGGGCACAUAAGGAGGGAUAGAGUCCGGAACGAAGUUAUUCGGGAUAGGGUCGGGGUGGCACCAAUUGAGGAGAAACUUAUCCAGCAUCGGCUGAGAUGGUUUGGACAUGUCCAACGAAGGCCUCCUGAGGCGCCGCUAUACUGGCGUACAAGGAACUUAGGAUACUUACUUGAAGCAAUUUUGGUACUGGAGUUUGGAUUGACUGUUCGCAAGUAUGUCUGGCAAUACAAGAUUACUCUGGUGCAUCUGUACUCUUACCUGGGGGCUCUUCCAUUAGCACAUAAAUGGUACAUAACCUUGGAAGUGAAAAACAUUCUUCUAGAGUCUGUCUCGCAUCACAUCUUGCCACAAAUGUUAAAUUCUCCCUUCCUGCAACAUGCUGCUGAUCUUGUUAAGGAUUAUUUGAAAUUCAUGGAUGAUCAUUUGAAAGAAUCUGCUGAUCUUACAUGUCUUGCUUAUAGACAUCGUACAUACUCAAAGGUAAUUGAGUUUGUUCAGUUUAGAGAUCGCUUGCAACGCUCCAUGCAGUAUCUUUCUGUAAAAUCAGAUUCUGUGAUGCUACAUCUGAAACAGAAGGCUGACUCUCUUGAUGAAGUGGAGUCUAUUCUUGAAAGCGUGAGCCAUGGAACAAAGUUGGUUGAGCUAUCUAAUGAUGAUAGCAUGAAACACUUAACCUUCAAUGAAGAUCUUGAGGCGCGACCGUGGUGGACGCCAACAAGCAGUGUUAAUUUUCUUUCAGAACCAUUCGAUGAAGGCUCAACACCCUCAAGCUAUAGGGCCAAAAUGUGCAAGCACAAAUCUAAUGAGAAGGAUGGUCCAAAGCUGAAAGAUGCAGAGAGAAAAUCUCUUGUUCCUCGACUUGUAUAUCUUUCCAUGCAUGGUUGCACGACUUUUCUCAGGGAGGGUGAAUCAAAUGGAGCUUCCUCUAAUGUAAAUGCUGCUGGGGAGAUGAAAACUUUGCUUGAGAAAUAUGCCAGGAGUAUUGGUUACUCUUUUGAUGAUGCUCUAAGCAUAGUUCUGGGUAUGUCAUCUGGCAAGAAGUCUGUCAAGGAUUUUGCUCCUGAUAUUGUCAGCUGGAUGAGCUUUGCUGCAUUUAUCAAUGCUUGGAACUUGUGUUCUACUGAGCCAGCGAUCCCUGGAACUGACCGGAGCAGCCCAAAUUCAUGGAAAAUUGUGGAUAACUUGUUCAAAACCUGCAUAGAGGAGCAGCUGACUGAUGCCAGUCAAAUGCUGACUUCUCUAGGAAACAAUAUUUCACUUCUAGUGCGAAUGGUUACUGAACCCAUUUCCUGGCAUCUUCUGGUAAUCCAAUCCUGUAUGAGAGCUAUGACCCCACAAGGGAAGAAGAAGAAGAAAGGUGGCCCAUUGGAGCGACCAAACACACCUCACUUGCAGGCAAUCCAGAUCUCCGUUAACUACAUGGCUAACACCCUCCAGAGCGUCCAAACAUGGCUAUCAGAUCAAAUGAGACCAGAGGAGCAAGCUCUGGAUGCCCUUCUGUCUUAUUUGCAAGGAACCAACGCUGAUGGCCCUGGAAAGAUCUCCUGUACCUUGGAUGAGAGUGCAGCAGCGGCCAGCUCUGAAAUCGGUGGCCGCAUUGCCCAGUCUCUGGAACCAUGGAGCUCUGCCGGUGUGGUGAGAAGAAUCGUGGGGGCUGGAGAUGAGACCAUAGCCGAGUUGAAGAAGACGUGUGCCCAGAAGCUGAAGCUUCUCAAGUCGGCAUCAGCUUCUCUUUCUUCGAUGUUGCACUAAACUUGAGAAAUUUUUGGUCGUGAGAUCUUUUUCCCUCCACCCCCGACUGUUGUGGCUUGAAGCCCCUUGAUGUUGUAACACUCAAGUGUGUUGGCUCUAUGCAAUUUUGAUUGACAUCCUUGUUUUCGCGUUAGUGUCUUGCCCGUUGGAGUUUACCUGCGUGAUGCCUGCUGUUUUGCUGAGCUGUGGGAAUGGUGAAUCUGUUGUUUGCUUAGAAAUUAGAAUAUAAUCCAUCAUUUUGUGUUGUGUUGCCGCUGCUCUAGUCUAUUGGAUGAUAUCAGAAUAUAAUCAAAUCCAUCAUUUUGUGU